GUCGGUGUAAGAACGAACAACACCGAUCCAAGGUGACAUGAAUGUACGGAUAUCGGCACUGCAGCAGCAACCGAAAUUGCUUGGUGAAGCUCGCCGCUGCAAGGCGCUGGCUCUGUGGUCGAGUCACUCUUGCUCGCGGCAGAGCACAGUCAAACUAUCCGUCCCAGGCCGUCGGUCGUGGUGGGGUGUUCUGCCACCCUCCGGCCUGCAAAAUUAUCGAGCUGCAGCGGGGCAUCGUUAAUCGAUCUGCCGUCUCCCCGCCGACCACCGCUCCUUGUUGCCGUCAAAACAUGACGACCGAAGCUUUGCAGCACGCUGCAGCGGAAGUCGAUAUGGUGGAUCCGCCACCGCCCUCUACGGCCAGUUCUGCACCGGCCGCCAAUGGCAAGCGCAAGGCCGAGACGGAGCUCGAGAGACCAGCAACGAAGCCCUCGCCUGCGCCGGGCAACAGCGACCAGGACCCGACAGCGAGCGAUGCGGCCACGGUCGACUCCGCGAGCCAGCCGCUGUCCAAGAACCAGCUCAAGCGGCUGAGGCGCCAGCAGCAGUGGGAGCAGUACAAGGCGGAGCGGCGCGCGAAGCGCAAGGACAAGCGCCACGAGCGCCAGGCCCGGAAGCGCGCCGAGAGGGAAGCCAAGAUCGCCGAGGCCGAGGCCGCCGGCAUAGACCCCGCCACCGUGCUGCAGCCAAAGGAGCCGUGGAGGCACCGGCCGGUGCCCGUCGCCUUCAUCAUCGACUGCGACUUUGAGCAGUACAUGCGCGAGCAGGAGAUCGUGUCGCUGUCCAGCCAGAUCGUGCGCUCCUACGCCAUGAACCGCAAGGCCCGGUACCACGCGAGCUUGCAUUUGAGCUCGUGGAAGGGCAAGCUCAGGGAGCGCUUCGAGACGGUCCUCAAGAACGCGCACCGGAACUGGAAGAACGUCGGCUUCCACGAGGGCGACUUCCGCGAGGCUGCGCGGCUUGCCCGCGAGCAGAUGGCUGGGCCGAACGGGGGCGAGGCAAUCGAAAUAAUCAAGCCGCGCAGCGAAAGCCGGCAGGGCGAACCGUCCCGCGCUGGCACUGAGAACACGACCCCCACCGUCGAUGCCGAGCCCGAGGGCGAAGACGUCGACCGGACCAUCGUCUAUCUCACCUCGGAAUCGCCGUACACCCUGGACCGGCUGGAAGCCAACACCAGCUACGUCAUUGGCGGGCUCGUCGACAGGAACAGGGAAAAGGGCCUCUGCUACAAGCGGGCGAGAGAGUACAAGGUGCGGACAGCCAAGCUGCCGAUCGGCGAGUACAUGGCGAUGCAGAGCCGCUAUGUCCUGACCACCAACCAAGUGGUCGAGAUCAUGGCCAAGUGGCUAGAGUGCGGCGACUGGGGGAAGGCCUUUAUGGACGUGAUCCCGAAACGCAAGGGCGGGACUUUGAAGGACAAGACACCAGUUGGCGCAGCGGAGGACAAGGACGGCGAGGGCGAGGAUGAUGACGAGGACGAGGACGACGGCGUGAGGGACGCUACGCCGGAGGGCCAGACGCCUUCAGAGGACAAGAUAGAGCUUUCAUCAGAACCUGCUGCUCAGCGGCAGGGUAUAUCCCAAUGACAUACAAAGCGGGCGGAGUAGUCCAGAGUGAAAACGGAUGCCCCUGAUAUGCCGCCAUCUAGACGAAGAGACCGAUACAUAAUCCCAAACCAAAUGUGCCGGGCUCAUGAACAA